AUGAAAUCUUUACUUGCUGUUUAUCUUCUUCUCCUCGCAGCUUCUCUGUCUUCUGUUCUUUCUGAACCCCCUGCCGGCUCUUCUUCUCAUCGGGUUUUUCUUCCAGGAAGGCUUCCCCGGGCAGAUCCGAGCCAGUCACCCCCCAAUCCGCAACAGCACCCCCAGAAAUUCCAGGUUAGGGGCAUCAGAAUUGUGAAAGCUGGCUCUAUGGCUACCGGCAUUUCAAGAGGUCAUGAAGAUUCUGAGGAGCUGACUUACCACACUGAUUAUCACGGUGUAACAACUCAUCCAACUCCAUACCCGAAGCAUCCCAACCCAUAGCGCUAUUUUAAGCGCCUUGUGACAGGUUCAUUACAUAUCCAGCCUUGAUAGUAUAAGCUAUCAACAGAUGUAAGAAUGUACUUGCUAGACCAUAUAAAACAUAUAUCCUCCUUGAAAUUC